UCGUUCCCCUGCGCCUGCGCUUGUUCAGUCGGCCUAUAUUGUGGUGUCCUUGUUAGUAAAACUUGUUGCGUUAAAAUACAUCAAAAUAAAACUUUUUGGCGUCCGGUUUUCACGAUUCAGUUAACAACAAUGUAAAGUUUAUCAAGUGUUCGUCCAUUUUCGUGUUCUUUUGUGCGAAUUGAAGUUAAUUUAGAAAGAAACUAGGCAUUUUAGUCGUUAAAAUGUCUGGGAUGAGUGGUAGUUCUAAAGCCCCUACCAUGGCUUCUUUGGGGGAUGUGAGUGCUUUGUUGCAAACAGCGAAGAAAUAUGAAGAGCUGAACGUAAUUGGCACAGGAGCCUACGGCACAGUAUACAAAGCUCGGGACCUCCAUAACGGAGGUCAAAUAGUCGCAAUGAAGAAAGUAAAAGUAGCGCUUACGGAGGAUGGGAUACCGCUGUCCACAUUGAGAGAAAUCGCUUUAUUGAGACAGCUGGAGGCUUAUAGACAUCCAAAUAUUGUGAGACUUCUAGACGUCUGCCACGGAGGACAGUCCAUGGAGCGGGACCAUCAGCUGGUUCUCUUCCUGGUGUUCGAACAUGUCGAGCAGGACCUUGACUCGUACUUGAAGAGAGCCCCAGGGCCGUUACCGGAGAACAGAAUCAGAAGCAUGUCCUACGAUAUUCUGUCAGGCAUAGACUUCCUGCAUUCCCACCGCAUAGUGCACCGCGACCUGAAGCCACAUAACUUGCUCGUGGCGGGCGGCGGGCGCGUCAAGCUGGCCGACUUUGGACUGGCCAAGACCUACGACGCCGACAUGAAGCUCACCAGCGUUGUAGUAACCCUCUGGUACCGCCCACCAGAAGUGCUCCUCGGCGCUGCCUACAACACAGCAGUCGACGUGUGGUCUUGCGGCUGCGUUUUGGCAGAGUUACACACGCGAUCUCCCAUUACGGCUGGUGCUUCUGACUCUGACCAGCUGCACUGCAUCUUCAGACUGAUCGGCCGCCCGAGUAGAGAAGAGUGGCCUGAGAACGCGUCAGUAUUGCCUGACAGUUUUCCUGACUACCCUCCUAAGGACCUGGCUGACGUGCUGCCUAAUGCACAUCCUAACGCCUUGGAUCUGAUUAGGAAAAUGCUAGUAUUCGACGCGUCGAAGCGGCUGACGGCGCUGGAUUGCCUGGAGCAUCCUUACUUCACUGAAGAACCUCUGACGUAACUGUUGCUUAGUUUAUACGCCCUUGGUAUCUCUUAUAAGCAUUUUCGUUCAAAACAAGAAAUGCUUAGGAAAAAUUACAAAAAAAAUCUAGAGUAAACCGACAGUCAU